ACAUCUAAAAAUAUAAAUAUCCUUAAUGGUAGUAUUAGAUUACAUAAUUUUGGAUCAUUUAAACGAUUAAUUCGCUCAAAUCAACAACAUUUCUCACAUUAUUUCAAAUCGAUACAAUAUUUGGAUUUAAAAAAUUCAGAAAAACAAUGUUUUAUAGAAGAACAAAAAAAAGCAGAUACUUAUAGUCUUGGUAUAUUAUUUUGGGAAAUUUCAAGUGGAAAAAUCCCCUUUGAAAAUAAAUAUAUCGAAGAACCAUGUAAAUUAUGCUACAUGAUUAUUUUAUGA